CGGUCUUGUUUGAGUUAUGCCUUCUUUGCGCGGUGUAGUGAUAGGCGACAGCCAGGUUAAAUUCAUGUGCAGGAGUCGCCUUCACUUGAAAACAUCCGUCGAGACCUGCACAUUUAGUUUUGGUGGUGUUGACGCUGUGCGAAUGGCUGAGGCCGUCUCUGCGAUGCACUUUCAGCGCAUAGACUGUCGUUUUGUACGUUGGUGGUAACGACGUUUGCAGUGCCAACGCGGACCCUCAAGAUAUAUGCGACAAUAUAGGGAAGUUAGUUCUGCAACUGCAGCACGAUGUGGCCCCCGUGGUGUAUACGUCUUCAAAGUGCUGCCACGUUGCUCCAGCUCUGAAGACGCCUAUGCAGAGCGCCAGAUCAAGAAAACGCGCUUGCUGAACCGCAAGCUGACGGCUACGCUGAAACGCCUGCCGUGUGUUCGAAUCUUGAACGCCGAGCAUCGGUUUCUCAAUUCCUCGAAAGAGCCACGACGUGCGCUCUUAGCAAUUGAUGGGUACCAUGUGCACAGAGGCCAAGGGAUCGAUCAGCUGGCCAAAAUCGUCAGUUCUCUUGCCCGUGACUUCGGACCUGGAGUGAAGUCACAUGGACACAGCGAGCUGGGUAUCUGCUACAGGGUGCUGAAGUGCAGCCACUGCAACACAAAAGGCCACGAAGUCCUGCGAGUGCAGCAAAUUCCUUCGCCUACCUUCCCAACAUGAACCAAGACUGCUUUAGCUCAUCUUAAUGUGUGAAGCAGCGCACAAAAACAAGACAUGAAAGGAGGAAUACAAUUCAACAGGCCAACCACUGCACUUGCAAUUAGCUUAUUUUGAAGGGAAAAAAAGGAGGGGGUAAUACACAUAUGCACAAGUGCACAACAUUCAAAUUUUUUUUAAGCACCGUUAUGAGCAAAAGUCAUUGUUGCAUGUGGUGCACUUGUGGGUAUGUAUAUACAUAUUUUUUAAAAGAAUAAACUAGUGGCAAGUGCAACAGUUGUCCUGUUGAAUCAUAUUAAUCCUCUUGUGUCUUUUUUCUGUGCGCUGCUUUACGUGUUCAGAUGCUCUGUCACCAAUUCACCCGACUUUCAACC